UACUCGCCCUCCGUGUAUCCUUGUUAACACGUCCUCUCGCACACGCAGGAGAGUUCUUCAAAUGCUGCACCUGCCAAGGCGCGAUAAGAUGAGAGGUGUCACAUCGGUGAAUUGAAGAUCAGUACAUCACAACUUUUGUCUUUUAAGUGUUGGCCAAAAGGCAAAGACAAGAACGUGGUGGUGGUGGUCGCAAAAGGCUAUGUCACCCUAUAAAACAACCUGCAAGAACACUCGGAGAUGCUGAUGCAGAGGGAUGGAGACGCACGGUAGUGCUGUCACACAGAGCCGCGCAGCCCAUCAAAUGUAGCGCACACGGAGAAGAAAGAGGAUCUGCGCACAAGUCACCCAUCAUUGUGGCACUCGGCAGCGAUUCCCAAGUCACCAAAUACGGAUUAAAUAGAGGCUGGGCAAAAUUAGUACAAAACAGAUUUUCAGAUUGUAUUCCUGCCGCUGUUGCCCGCCUACCGCAAGCGCUCUAGUCCAGGAUACAGUGGGAUUACGCAGGAAUAAAUCUGAGCCCCUGGUAUCGAUCCUGCGUGGCGGGCGUGAGGUCAGAUGCCAUUCAUCCCUGAAAAGUGGAGGAUUGAUAUUGCAGACAAGUGAAAAUUGGAUUCCAUACGUUUGUGACUGGAUGUGAGACUACCUUGACCUUUGACAAUUGAAGAUGACGUUACUAUGGAAACUCCUGCUGCUGCAGUCACUCAUGGGGUGCCUUGCAGUAAGCACCGUCCUGCAGUGUCCGGUCUUCACCAAACAGCCUGGUAGCAUCGUGUACCCUGUGGAAUCGACAGAGAAGAGCCGAGAGGUGCUGUUCAGCUGUGAAGCUCAGGCAAGCCCACCUCCAGUGUAUAGAUGGAAACUUAAUGGCACGGAGAUCCAACCCAAAUCUGGAUCUCACUACAGCUUAUCAGGAGGCAACCUCAGAAUUAGUCAUCUGAACAAAGACCAGGAUGCCGGAACAUAUCAGUGCCUCGCCUCCAACGCUUUUGGGACCAUCGUGAGCCGAGAGGCCAGUCUAACUUUUGCAUACUUAGAAAACUUCAAAACCCACCGCAGAAAUCCCGUUUCAGUCCGGGAAGGUCAAGGAGUGGUUCUGCUAUGCGGCCCGCCACCACAUUCAGGAGAUCUGGAAUUCUCCUGGAUUUUCAAUGAGUACCCGACGUUUGUGAAGCAAGAUACCCGUCGCUUCAUCUCGCAAGAAACCGGCAACCUCUACAUAGCUAAAGUUGAGCCCUCUGAUGCGGGCAACUACACUUGUGUCAUUGCUCACCCUGUCACGAAGACUCGAGUCCAGGGCCCACUCACGCCACUCGUGCUGCGUAAUGACGGUGUGAUGGGUGAAUAUGAGCCAAAGAUUGAAGUCCAAUUUCCUGAGGUGGUUCACGUUGCCAAAGGAUCAACUGUGAAGCUUGAAUGCUUUGCACUGGGAAACCCAGUUCCGUCCAUAAACUGGAGAAAAGUGGAUGGCGUUCCUUUCCCCAGGAAAGUGGACAUGAGGAAAGCGAGUGCCGUUCUGGAAAUCCCGUACUUCCAACAGGAAGAUGCUGGCAUGUAUGAGUGUGUAGCUGAGAAUUCCAGGGGAAUGAACACAGUGAAAGGAAAGCUUUCUUUCUACGCUCCACCUCAUAUCAUAGAGAAGCCUCAAGAUGUCCAGAAGCUCAUUGACGACUCCUUGGCAUGGGAAUGUAAAGCCACAGGGAAGCCGAAACCCUCCUACAGGUGGAUGAAAAAUGGCGAGAACCUGGAGCCUGCAGAGGAACGCAUACAGGUGAGCAACGGGGCAUUGGUAAUCAGUCGCUUGACCCUGUCGGACACAGGAAUGUACCAGUGUGUCGCCGGGAAUAAGUAUGGCGACGUCUACUCCAAUGCCGAACUGCGAAUCAUAGCUGUUGCUCCAGAUUUCUCUCAUAACCAAGUGAGGAGCCAGACGUUUGUCAAGGUUGGAGGAGAUGUGCUCAUUGAGUGCAAACCCAAGAUGUCUCCGUGGGGUGUGAUCUCUUGGAGGAAGGCCAGUCAACCGCUGGAAGAAAGUCAAAGGGUUUCCAUUCUGGAUAAUGGUAAUCUUCGCAUAUGGAACAUAAGCAAAUCAGAUGCCGGGCUCUACACGUGCAUGGCGAGGAACCAGUUUGGUGUGGCCAGUAGCACAGGAAGCAUCACGGUGAAAGAGCCCACCAUCAUCACCACUCCGCCCGCAACGUUAGACGUUACUGUGGGCGAAAGUGUGGUCCUACCAUGUCAAGUGAGCCACGAUCCCUCUCUGGAACUCACCUUCACUUGGUUCUUCAAUGAGCAGGUCAUCCACUUUGGCAGCCAGGGAGGAUUUUUUGAGAAAGUGGGCGGUCAGCAUUCGGCAGGAGAUAUUAUGAUUCGAAACAUCCAGCUGAGGCAUGCUGGGAAAUACACGUGCGCCGUGCAGACCAAGGUGGACAGUAUCUCUGUUGCUGUCGACUUGGUUGUCAGAGGUCCCCCAGGCUCUCCCACCAGCAUCCAAGUCAACGAAAUCACAGAUACCACAGUGACGCUGUCCUGGAGGCCCGGUGCUGAUAAUCACAGUCCAAUUACUGCCUACACCAUCCAGGCCAGGACACCAUUUUCCCUGGGGUGGCAGGCUGUCUCCACAGUUCCCAAAGUGGUAGGUGGCCACCGUCUGACAGCGACUGUCAUUGACCUGAGCCCUUGGGUGGACUAUGAGUUUCGAGUCCUGGCGAGCAACGUUGUUGGGACUGGUGAACCCAGCAGGCCAUCCAAACAAGCCAAGACAAAGGGAACCGCUCCAAAGGUCACUCCGGCUAGUGUGAGCGGUGGCGGUGGGAGUCGUUCCGAAUUAGUGAUCACAUGGGAGCCUGUUCCCGAAGAGCUCCAAAAUGGACCGGGCUUCGGCUACGUUGUGGCUUUCCGACCUCACGGUGCCACAGGCUGGAUGCAGGCUGCCGUGCCCUCCGCAGAAACCUCUAAAUAUGUCUUCAAAAAUGAAAGCAUCCAGCCCUUUUCACCUUUUCACGUCAAGGUGGGCGUGUACAACAACAAGGGAGAAGGACCGUUCGGACCCGUCACCACCAUCUACUCUGCAGAGGAAGAACCCAGCCGAGCACCCACGAGGGUCCGCGCCAAGAGCCUCUCGGCGUCACAGAUUGAAGUUUCGUGGAAAGCUCUUCCCUGGAACGCCAGUAAGAAACGAGUGCUGGGCUACGAGCUGAGGUACUGGACCCGAAGGGAAAAGGAAGACACGGCCAGCGUGCUACGGACUGUGGGGAAUCGGACAUUGACUAUUAUUCAGGGUGUCAAAGGCAGCACCACAUAUUACAUCUCGGUGAGAGCGUACAACACAGCGGGAGCCGGUCCGCCCAGCGCCACCGUCAACAUUACCACCAAAAAACCACCACCGAGCCAGCCUCCCGGUAAAGUGAUGUGGAACACAUCCAACUCCAAGAUCAUAUUAAACUGGGAGCAGGUUAAAGCCCUGGAGAAUGAGUCGGAGGUCACGGGUUAUAAAGUGCUGUACAAAAAGAACCAACACAGCCAUCCCAAUGUCAUGGAGACGAACACCACCUCAGUGGAGCUCUCCCUGCCCACUGAUGAGGAUUAUAUCAUCCAGAUCAAACCCUUUGGCGAGGGAGGGGAAGGCAGCAGUAGUCGGCAGAUCACCAUCCCAAGGAUAGCAGGUCUCAAUGCAGUCGGCUCAGCGUCCAAGGUCUCCACUCUCUCAGCCCUCAGUACAAUAGCGCUGUCUUUCACUGCACGGACAUCUUUAUGACAAACAGCCCCUGACAGACCUUGCAUCUGAAGUGGAGACAGUCGACCCGUUCUAGAGACGAACGGAAUACACCCAUGAAAAUACAAAUACAAAACAUGCCACUGGGACAUUUGCGAAGGUUUUCUCUGCAGCGCCUUGUCUACAUGAGGAAGAUGUACAGAUGUCAUGACUACGAUGUUACCAAAGCAGCUUUCAUAAGAACGGGAGAAAUAAAAUGUUGUGUGCAUUUUUUGUUUUUUUUGGUACGACAUCCCAAGCUUUACAUUUGUGUUUGAGCAGUUUAGGCAUGUUGUAGGAGACAACUAGCAGUGCCAGAUCGAAAUUUUCCACUAGGCGGUGAUGACAUUUAAUAGCCAAUCGGACCACUUGAUUUUGAUCUCAAUGCAUAUCUGUUUUUUAUGGUCACGUGGAAGGGCCAAUGUGGGGUAACUGUUUUUGACUGAGCUGUGUGGAUCCUGCAAAGAAGUCCAAACGGAAAGUAGUUUGGCCUACGUAUUACCAAAUAUCUUAGAAUACCUUCGGCGAAUAUGUUCCAACAACAAAAACCAGUCAAAGGUAUUUACUCCACGUCUACAGUUCCACGCUUUCCAAUUUUUUGCCAUGUAUUAUUUGGUCAUCCUUUGCUAUCAUAUGAGAUGACUUACAUCUCUCUUUUCUUUCUCUGUCUGUUUAUAAACAAGACAUGCUAAUGCUUUACCAAACCAGUCAAGUGUGCAAUCCAACAAUAUGGUGUCAAAUUGAGAGGAAAUAAUUCACAAUAUGUGCAUUUUAUACUGAGCAAACGAUGAGCGUGUCCACUUUCAUGGCAAUUCAUGCAAUCGAGUUACACACACAUUGACAAUUGCUUCAUUGGAAUACAUUUUCAUAGCAGAACUGUUUUAAGCAUGAAUGAAUAUUUGAGAUCCAUUUGAGGGGUGGGGUUAAUAAAAAAGCUGGACGUAAAGGAUUAGCAUGCAAAGAUUGUAGUACCAAUUCUUUUUGCUAGAUGAACCCCUCUUCAAGUUAAAAAAAAAAAAAAACAUCUAUGUGACAGUUGCUGUCCACUGGGGGUCCUCUCAUUCUCUGGUGGCUGUUCCAUGCUCCCCUUUCUUUGGGUUAGCCCCCGUGCGAAUAGCGAUUCUUUGCCUUCUGUGUGCCUCAUCAUUACUUCAAAAUCCUCAGGUCCUUCAAGAGCCUUAACUUCUGAUCAUAAUGUAUAUCGAGGACAGUAGAAUGGUAGAGCUACGAUGCAGCCGUGGUGAUGUUUUUGUGCUGCUGUUUUGACAGGUGUCCAUGUUGUCAGCUUCUUAAGAAGGAAGGUUGGCAAGGGCUGAUGGGGAGCUAAGUUCAGUUGAGGGAUUGUGUGGCAAUAUGAGGCCUCGUGCAGUGCAUUUCUAGAGUGGUGUGUUCUAAAGACAAUGCUCAAUGACAAUGCUGCUGAUCUCUCCUUUUCUCCGCUCGUAGUCUCCUGACGCCACGUGGGACGGCUGUGCACAGGUGCUAUACAGCCUGUAUGUAGCGCUUAGGGAAGUGUGACUGACUGUAAGCUACGCAGAAUCAUGCAUCAGUGGAUAUGUAAUAUACGGUUUUGUACACUUCAAAUCGUUUAUAUAUGAAAAAAAAAACAGUUUCUAAAAAAAGAGGCCGUACUUGGUUUUUAUGUAUAAUUCUGUUUCAUACUGUUGCUAACUGUUGCUCAGCAUGACUGCGCAUACUAGUUAACUUGCUCCUGACAAAGUGACUUCAAUUCAGGACCGUGCGGCAUUCAUAUGGUUCGUGCACGGUAGAGUUUUGUGUAUAUUGUACGUGUACCUCGACAUUUGAACAACCAUUGGCGCCGACUCCACGCUUCAGUCUAAGUCAGCCUCUCGGACAUGUCCUGUCUGCUCAACACGAGGGCUUCCUCUCUUGCUUUGUUGUUUAUA